AAUCAAUGUCGAGAAAUUAAUGCAAAAAUGUAAAAUAAAAUAAUUAAUUUGUGAUGUAAAAGACUAUGUAUUAAAAUAUUUAUAUAAUAGCAAUCCUAUUGUAAAGUGGGCUUAAAGAAAAGACAAUAUAUUCUUGACAGUUGAAGCAAGAGACUUAAAAGAUGAGAAAGUUGAAUUAACAUCAACAUCAUUAAAAUUUAGUGCAAAUGCUGAAGGUGUUAAUUAUGCAUUUGAAAUCAAUUUCUAUGCUGAAAUUAUUGUUGAAGUAUAAUAUUACAUAAAAAUAAGGAUAGUAAAUGGACAAAUUAUGGUGUAAAUGUAAGAUUCAUUUUAUGCAAAAAAGAUUAAGCUGCCUCAUAUUGGACUAGAUUGAUCAAAGAAACACAUAAAUUAUAAUUUAUAUAAGUAUAUAUAUAAUUCUAAUUCUAAUAGGUUGAUUGGACCAAAUAUAUUGAUGAAGAUGAUGAAGCUGAAGAAGGAGGCAAAGGAUUAGAUGAUUGGAAUGCUAAUAAUUUCUAAGGAUUUGAUGGUUAAGGUUAACCAGAUUAAGAUGAUGAAGAAUAAGAAGAAGAAUAAGAUUAAUAAGAUGAAUAAGAAGAAUAAGAUUCAUAAAAAUAAGAAUAAUAAUAAUAAGAAGAAACAUAAAAGGAAGCAUAAAAUUAAUGAGUUAUUUAUUAAGUAAAU